GCCACACUUGACGCCUCCCUCCGCGCCACUCACCACUCCGAGUCCGAGGCUCCGAGCAGACGAGCCGAGCUGAGCUGAGCAAAACGCCACUCACCACCAUGGCCGUCUCCACCACCGCCUCCAACCUCGUCCUCCGCGCCGCGCCAACCACCACCACCACCCGCCGCCGCCGCGUGGCCGCCUCCGCCGUGCGGUUCGACCGGCGCUCCGCGGCGCUCCUGCUCCUGUCCGCGGCGGCGGGUGCGGCGCCGACGGUGGCGUCCCCCUCCCCCGCCAACGCCGCUGGCAUCGGGCUCUUCGGCAUCAGGAAGAAGCUGGAGCGGGCGGAGGAGGCGGCGGCGGAGGCGGUGCGGGAGGUGGAGGAGGCGGCGGUGGAGGCCGCGGAGGUGGGUGGGGAGGCGGUGAAGGCAGCGGAGAAGGAGGCGGCGGAGGUCGCCGGGGAAGGGGUGCAGCUGGUGGCCGGCGCGGAGCUCGCCGGAGACGGGCUCGUGCAGGCCGGGGCGGUCGCCGCCACCGAGGCGCUCGGCGUCGUGGUGGGCCUCUCCGUCGUCAAUGGCAUCCUGAGGCCUGAAUCCUAGAGAGAGAGAGAUCACUCUGCUGCUGCAUGCGUAGUGCUCUGUAGUUUAGGCCAUGGAUGGUUUCAGACUUUCAGUGAAGAGCUUAACUGGAUGUGAUUAUCUGCUGAUGACUCUGUGGGUGUAAAUUAAUUGUCAUAGAGUGAUGGAUCAUGGUGGUGUUCAUGUUUAAACUGGCCUUGAAAUUUUUAUUUUUUUAUAUUUUUUUUUGCGGGGAACUGGCCUUGCAAAUUUGUAAUGGCGAAACUGUAUUGCAGUUCAUAUCGAAAUUCCCUACGUUUUGUGAUGUACAUUUACACUGGGAAAUGCUAUGUAUUACUCCAGAUAAAUAAGAUUUUAUUGUAUUUUGAACACAA